AUGUCAGAUGGCGGGAAGUCGCGCUCGUCGUCUUCAUUCCAUUUCUUCGCCGGCCUGAGCUCGGGCAUCCUCUCCGCGGUGCUCCUCCAGCCAGCCGACCUCGUCAAAACGCGCGUGCAGCAGUCGCGCACAUCGACGCUCCUGGGCACCAUCCGCUCCAUCGCCAGCGGGCCCAAUCCCGUACGCCAGUUCUGGCGCGGUACGCUCCCUUCGACGCUUCGCACAGGAUGCGGCUCGGCCAUAUACUUUUCGUCGCUCAACGCCCUGCGACGGCGCGCAGCUCUGCUGGCCGCGGGCCGUGCUGAUGGAGCCGUGGUGGCGGGGGACCACUCGUCCUCGCUGCCGAAACUCAGCAACACGGCCAAUCUGGCGACGGGAGCUGCGGCGCGGACAUGGGCCGGCUUCAUCAUGAUGCCCAUUACGGUGCUGAAAGUGCGGUACGAGAGCAGCUUGUACGCCUACACCAGCCUGACGAGCGCAACCAAGGACAUGUACCGCACCUCGGGCUUCAAGGGCUUCUUCGCCGGCUUCGGCGCCACGGCUGUCCGCGACGCACCCUACGCCGGUCUCUACGUGCUCUUCUACGAGCAGUCCAAACGGCGGCUGUCGGCGGUCGCCACCAAGAUGGAGUCGGGCGACGCUUCGUCGAGCCAGAAGCUCUCCACCAGCACGAGCGCGGGGAUCAACUUCCUCUCGGGCGUCGCGGCUGCGGGGCUGGGCACCACCAUGACCAAUCCGUUCGAUGCGAUCAAGACGCGGAUCCAGCUCAUGCCGGACACGUACACGAACCUGGUGCAGGCGGGCAAGAAGAUGUUGGCGGAGGAGGGGACGAGGAGUCUCUUUGAUGGACUCGGGAUCAGGAUCGCGCGCAAGGCCAUCAGCAGUGCACUAGCCUGGACGGUGUACGAGGAGCUGAUUAGAAGGGCGGAGAGGGGAUGGGAGGAGGCUGGGGUGGAAAGCGCUGUCCGGGUGGAAGGGAAGGUGUGA